GUACUUGUUGAAUGCUCGAUUUCGAAUUCUAAAUACAAUACAUUCGUUUGUGCCUGUGUCUUCUUAGUUCAAUUGCGUUAGUCCUGGAAUUCCUAGUUCAUACUAUAAUUAGAAUAUUAUAUUGGCGUCGCGAUGGAACCUGCAAUGGAAAAGUUGGAUAAUCCUUUAACUCCUGAAGCUAUUGAGGAUUAUUUGGAAAGGUUCGAAAUUUGGAGCAUGACCAAGAAAGAUUUUAAAGGUGAGAAAAUUGUGGCACAUUUUCUGACAUUCAUUGGGAGAGAAGUGUACAGCUUAUUAAAAACUUUGGCAUAUCCAGAAAAACCUAUCUCACUGCCUUAUGCAACUCUUAAAGAGCUAUUGUUAAGUCAUGUAAAAUGCACCAGUUUUGAAUGCCGUGAAAGGGCGAAGUUUCAUAAGAUGGUUCGUCAAAAUGACCAAAAGGUUCGGGAAUUCAUCCUUGAAUUACAGAAACAAGCUGCCAAGUGUAAUUUCGGUGAUCAACUUCAUGUGCAAUUGAGAGAUCGAUUAAUUGCAGGAAUUAACAUACCGAGUUUGGAAAGAGAGCUGUUAAGAAUGCCAAACUGUUCCUUUCAAGAUGCUAGAACUGCAUGUAUUAACUACGAAGCAGUCAAUGAACUUGAUAUCCAGUCGAUGAAUAUUUCUAAUACUUUGCUUAGUCGUCGUGAUGAACUACAAUCUCGGGGUCAAUCAAACUUGCGUUCAUUUAACAGUGAUUCCUAUUCUCGUGUAAAUAUGAAAGGUGUUUCAACGAGGAAUUACAAAGCAAAUCACAAAGGUGAGAUGAAGUUUGGUAAAUGUUUAUCAUGUGGAAAGUUUCAUGCUCGCAAUCCAUGUGUAUUUCGUAAUGCUGAAUGUUUUAAAUGUGGUAAGGUAGGACACAUUCAGUCAGUAUGCAAUGUUACUGUCCAUUUUGCUUCAAGCUGUACUAAAUCUUGUGAUUUAAAUUUAAAUAAUUCGGAUGUUUCUAAUGAUCAUUUAUCUUUAUCAACGAUUUCAAAAGACAGUGCAGAGUCAUAUGGCAGUUCAGAGUUAAAUGAAAUCCAGAAUUCUUGUGAGACAACAGUUCCUAAUAAACCGAUUUAUCAGAAUUCUCAUGCUAUUGUACCAAGUAGGACUUUUCCUGAUGAUUCACAUAUUUAUAAUGAAAUUACUUGCAAUUCUGAGGAAAAUAUGUUAAAUGAACCUAAUCAUGAUCGAAAACCUGAUGUGGUUUGGGUAGAUGCUGAUUUUUCUAACGAUCCUACGCUCUGCAAUGACAGUCCUGAUGAAUUUCAUGAGAAUAUUUCAGAAGAAUCAAAUCCUGAUGUCAUAUCAUAUAUUACCUAUCCUCAUAAUGUAUUUGAUCCUUGUGAAAAACCUGCCCAAUGCGAAGCACGAGUACUAAGUGACCUCGAGUUUUAUUACAUUUCGAAUGAUUUCAUAUCAACUGCUGUUUACUCUUAUCACAAAAACAGUUCUAAUGUUUACUCUAAACAAUGUGAGAAAUAUGUUUUAAAUGAAGCCACAUUAUUCAUAACUUGGGGAUAUAAAGAUCCAACAUUAUUUCGUGGGGGAGGAUAGGGCUGCAUUUAAACGCAACUCAAUUUCGUAAAUGUGCCCUCCAGCUUAGCAACCAAUCAGAAUGAGGCGGGAAUUAUUACAUCGGCCAUCUUCGUAAGCAAUGGCGGUCGGCUUUCUUCGUUCUGUGCUUCUUUCAGCUAUUUCUUUUGUGUAGCUACGGAAUUUGAUGUUUCAGUGUGCUAAAAUUCAAAAGUUAGUGUAAUACUCUGAACGUUGGAGCAAAGUUUUUCCUGAUUUUGCUUUGUUUUCUGGGUUUUAUCUGCUGCUAAUGAAGUCACUGUAUUUAUUCAGCUAAGCUGGCUAGUACUAACAUAAGACCUUACGUUUUCAAACGACAAUCGGUUAUGUUUUAUCUUGUUCUCUAGAUAUCCGAAGUCGAAGUUCGUUUUUAUUUAGCUAAAAUAAUUGUUGCUGCCGCCUGUGACUCUAACUGUUCGCAUGUUCGUUCCUAACUAUCCUUUAUGAUGUUAUCGGCAAAAUGAAAGGAAACAAUCUGCGUUUUUUAAUUUUCUUCAGUAUUAUGGACAACACUUCCACCAACGAGUCAAACUAAUACAGAGUGCCCAGCAGUAGGGUAUAUCGGUACUGAUUUCGAAAGGACCCAGACUUCCGACAACUAUAGAUGAAGUCACAGAUGCUACCAAUCUAUUGCAGAGGGUUUGUUAUGAAAAAAUAUGCCAUAUAACAGUAAUAGAGGGGUUGUACUCACUACUCAGUGCGUUAAAGCAAGCUUAACAUUGAAAAGCCGGAAAUCUGCUACCAGUGUCUAGUGUAUGUUUGCUGUUUUGGCCAUAAAAGGUAACCGAAGGGUCAUGAUCAGGGAGUAAAAAGGUAAUUAACUGUUAUUAAGCUCACUUUUUUAUAGAUCGUGUUUCACCACUCGCAAAUAUGCGUUUUCUUACGGUAUGAUGUCAACUGGUACCUAAUAUGUUCACCCUUACGAUGAAAAGUACCUGCAAAUUUUCACCUCCAUAUUCGAAUUUAUUUUGGACAACUGUCUUACAGUCUGAGUGCUUCGUACGCCCCGAGAAACAUUCGUAGUUCCAGUAUAACUUUCUCACGCAGCUGUUAAUCUAAUAUCCAUAUUCUCUAUUUCAGUUAAUCGAUGAAGACAUGUACCACUUGCAUCUGUUGUAUACUGCCAUUUUACUCCAAUUCUAACUGUUAUACCUUACUUUUGAAUAAUAAAAUUGCUAUAUGCUGC